AUGCGGCUACACAGCAAAUAUUUUGCAGCAAUAAUUGCUGGACCAGACGGCCCAGACAAGGAGCAAGCAAAAAACUGGGCCACGGUCCUUCAUGACAGUUAUAAAAAAAUCUUUGGAGAAAUUGAUUCCUACGUGAAAAUAAAGAUUGCUGAAACUACGCUGGCCGUUCAACAACUGUUGGAGAUACAAGCUGCUAACACCACACAGCAAUUGCUAAACGCUCAGAAAGUGCUCUCCGAGGCUCAAACGGCCACAGCUGCUCAAAAACAAAAAGAAGCGCUUAAGCGACGAUACGAGAUGGAAGAUGAAGAAAUAGCGAAGAAAAGAUUGGCUGAAGACGAAGCAAGAGCUGCUGAAAGAGAUAGAUUGGAUCAAAAGCCCCGCGAAAAAAAUACGCCCCGUACUUCAACGCCAAAUAAAGAUUUGGGUAAAAAGACCACUGACCAGACAGACCUGUCAUUCAUCGAAAACGAAAUUUCAACUUGUAGAAAGUACAACAACACAGGACGUCAAGACGCGUCAGCAAUUCCAAAUGCAGUUGAUGCAUGGAUCUUCCUGCCGUUCCAACCUGUAACACCACUAUCUGGAGGAGCCGACGCUAUGGUUACGAUGGCCAUGUUGGCCAAAAUGAAACCGUUUGGAGGAGAACCACGAGACUGGCCAGUCUUCAUACAAACGGUGAAAAGCAUGGUUCACGACGUUUUCCCAGCAGACAUACAACGAUUGACGAUGCUGUCAACGAUGCUUUCUCCACACCUUAAAGAAGGAAUGAGUCAAAUCGUUGUAACGCCUCAAGCGUACCGUGCAGCGCUAAUAGAACUGCAUAAAAAGUAUGGCCACCCCCACUUAGUGGUACGCUCCUACAUCCAACAUCUUAUGGCAAUCCAACUAUGCCGAGGUGGAAAGGAGCUAGAAACCUUCUCGUCGCAGCUGCAUGGAGCAGUCGCCACUCUGGACGCCGCCGGUUACGGACAUGAACUGGAAUCCAGCGUCGCACUCGAAGGCUUAGUAACAAAACUACCAGAUAGUUUGCUGUCAAGAUGGGGAAGACAAGUUACAUGA